AAUUAUAAUAAAAUCAAACCUUUAAUUACUCAGCGAAAGAUUAGUCAAUUUGUUAAUCAGGCCGUAGAAAAAGAAUUAGUUAAGAAUGAAAAACAAGCCAAAGCAGGAUUAAGAGAAAAAUUAAUUGCCGCCCAUCAAAGAAUGGCUAAAAAUAAGCAGUUAAAAAAAGAAUUGGCCAAUGAAUGGAAUGAUCUAAUAGCCGUAGUGCCAAUGACCACUGAUAAUGUUGAUAAAGUUGAACCUUUUGAAGUUUUUGUUCAAAAUACCGCCGAAACCGGUUUAAAAGAACCAAGCAAAAUCCAACUUAUUUAUCCCAUGACUAUUGAUAAAGAAUUACGCUUAGUAGAAUCUGCACAAUCUGCUCCACCCCCUUCACCGGACACCAUCUAUCCAAAACCUGCUCCCCCCAAUUCUCUUGUUGAAGAUGUCAAAAAACCUUCAAUUGAGAAUAUUCACCCAACACCAAAAAUUAUCUGGAAAGAAAUAGAUGGGAUUAUUGAACUGAGAAAGAGGAAGUGUGGUUUGAGUGGAAAAGGAAAUUGUGGGAAGAAGAUAACUGUGUGGAAUAUAGUUGAUCCUUUGAAAGGGGUGCCGUGUCUUUUAAAAGAAUUUGUGG